AUGGGCUUUUGGAGCGGCAUCGCAGAUGCCUUCUCACGCGAUGGAAGCGCAACACGCUUCUGUGAGAAAUUGCCAGUCAUUGGACAUGUCACCGCAGGUGUUCAACUGUUAGCAGGUAAUCCUGAGCAUGCGAAACGCGCUGCUGCUACUGCUACAAACUCCACACUCACGACUGGAGGUGCUGUCCUUGGAUUCAUAGCUGCCGGACCUCCAGGUGCUGUGGCUGGUGCUAUGCUGGGAUCGACAGCUGGCAUUGGGUGCGAGUACGGAAUCAGCACUGCCAUUAACGACGAGGGUGUGAAAGGAAAUGUGGGUGAAGUGAGCAUCAAGAGGAUCGUUGUUGAUGGCGUGCUGUCUGGAGGCUCCGCAUUCAUACCUGGAGGAUCCGCAGCGAUUGGCACCGCGGGAAAAGAAGCUGCGAAGCAAGUGGCUAGCUCGGCUUUCAAGACAGGUCUCGUCACAGGUGUUUUCACUGGCAUGCAGGGCAUGUCCAAAGACCAACCCAGACCUACGACAGGUGAUGACGAACCAGCAAACCCCGACGAGGAGGACCCAGUCCGUGUGAUAACACUUGGUCAAGAAAAGGCUGCCAAAGAACUACUUAAGCUCGUGACUUACUUCAAGGACAAGCUCGCAAUCGCACCUUUCAAUAAAUGGACUUAUCUCAUCGACAAUGACACAAGAGAUCUGAAGGGCAUGUGCCAAAAUCUUCAGGGGCCGUUGGCUUCUGUCAGAGUCAACUGCGAAUGGGAUAUUGUAAACGGAUUUUAUGAGGGGGGAAAGAAAGUGUGGACAGAUAACGAAAAAUGUUUCGAACGUCUGGAGGAAAAGCUACUAGAAACGGUGGCUCAAUAUGGGGAGGAAUAUGAAUUGUGCAGAGACGGACGGUUGGCUAUCAGGAGCGCAAUGGCAGAACUAGAUCACUCAAUGGCUACUCAGGACGUCAGGGUGCCACGCUCUAUGGUGGUAGACUGGAUGACAUUUGCUAGCAAGGCCUAA